AUGCCUUUCACAUCUAGUUCCUCGUGUUACAUCCUUCAAACGCCAUUCGAUAGCGAGUCUCUGACUGUGUCAGAUGACCACGUGCCGCUCCCUGGCGACUCCGAUUUCGUUCCGUUGUCCCAAGAAGACAUAGCCAAGUUGUUCGCGGCUCACCAAAGCGAUGAGACGUCUCCCGAAGUGCGCGCUCAGUUGGAUGCAUUGUUCAAACACAGCGAUGAAUCAAUGCGUGGUAUGAUUAACGAAAACGCGCUGGCAGGCCCAGUCGAUGCUUACGAUGAUGGAUCAAACUACGAUGAAUUACCAGUGGCGCCACAAGGGACUUGGGACGAUUCACACUUUGUUCAAAAUCCUCAGGGGUUGUUUCCGACAUUGGAGAAUUUCACCGCCCCGGUGGCUGAUCUCCCUCAGUUGUCCCACAUCGAUCAGGGGCUCUACUACCCUCUGCAGACUAUCCCUCAAGCGCCCCUGCAAGGCAAUGAAUUUCCCCAGCAUGAAUAUAACCCUGGCUACUUCAUGAACGGGCCUCCAAGCGCGUAUUAUCUGCAGCCCUCUGUCGCACAUCAAGGCCCCGUAUUAUCCCAGCAUGGAUAUAAUCCUGAAUAUCAUGCCAAUGGACCUCCUGGUGCGUAUUAUUUGCAGCCACCCCCAGUCGCCCCAGCACCGCCGCAAGGCUACGCAUGGCCCCAGCCUGAAUAUAAUCCCGGAUAUCAUGUCAAUGGACCCCCUGGUGCGUAUCAUUCGCAGCCCUCUGCGGUCGUUCCAGCACCGCCCCAGUAUGGAUAUCAUCCCGCUCCCUCCUACCCUUACCAGCAACCUCAUGACAUCCCGGGUCCGUCCAACGCGUAUCACCCAACUGCGGCAUUCCCCCAAGGUCAAUAUGGUCUCUUGCAGACGGCAUCUAGUGGGGGCUCAAGCAUGGAGCCAACUUCUUCUGCUCUCGACGGGACGGCAUCUACUAGGCCUCGCAAGCGUAAAACCCGCCAGACCUCUAAAUCUGAGGAUGGCUUGAAUUCGUCUGUUGGACCAACAACGCGCAAGCGCAGACGCCCGAAUGCCACCGAUGACAGCAGACCAGGCAAGUUUGGUCCGUACAUGCUAGCGGACGCCAGCGCCACGGUCAUGGCCAUGCCUUUUCACGACCCAAAGCCUGUCGACAUCAGCAGCCGCAGGACCCAUGAUCCUAACGGAAAUCUCCUUCGAACGAGGAGAUUUGGGGCGAUGGAACUGGAUGAUCAUUACCCCAAUGGAUCGGGCAACGUUACGAAGGACUCCUCACCAGAAUUGAUCUGCGUACGCUCAUGCGAUUGGACCGACCAGCCGUGCGGUCUUUUCGUAGAGGUGAACAAGACCCGGAUCGAAGACCACCUGUGGCUUUGGCAUGGCGUUGAAGCCAAGAAAGAAACUCCCUGCAAAUUCGAAGAUUGCUCGGACCCACAGGCGAUGCAAAAAUUGGGCCGUCACAUCGAUGGGGUCCACUUCGCUACAUCCUACCGAUGCCCCUAUUGCCAGAAGCUGUCGUCGAGGACCGAUGCUGCGGCUCGGCAUCUGAAGACGUGCAAAUCAUUGCUUAAUAGCAGAGCCCACGCUGAGCAUUGGAAGUACGCAUUUUGUCCUCAAGCGAUGAUCAAGUCGGUUUCUGGGUAUAUCGUUCCUGCGAAGAACACGACCUAG